AAAAUGAGGGUUAUCGGAGCGAUUGAGAUUGAUUUAUUUGAUGGAUUUGGGCAAAUUUUUAUCUGGAAUUUGAUGAGUUUUUUAUGGCUUUCUUCUCGGCGUCUCCUAGAGUUUAGCCUGUAGAAUCGUUUGGAGAGAAGAUGAAGUAAAGUGAGAAGUAGAGGAAAUUAAUAGUUGUUUGAGUAACGGAAACCCCUGAUUUUCAGGCUUUAAUUUUCAUCUUUCCUUAUUAAACAUUAGGCAACUCGUUGGAGCUUGAAGUAGGAUUGUUCUAGAAUCAGUUAUUACUUGUGAUUCUUUCCAUAAUUAAUUUAAUUUAAUUUCUUCAUCAUUGCUAAGAAAUUUUACUUGCAAAAGAAUAUUGAGGGCCCCUGGAUUUAAAGAGACCAAUAUUUUCAUGACUAAGCCUAGGGAUUUCAAGUAAUUUAUCAGAGUUUAUGUGACUAAGCCUAGGGUUAUUGGUUUAAGUAAAGGGAGGAAGAUCUAACAUAUAAAACUUGGAUCAAUUGACUUUAACAUAGAAUUCUUCUAAUUUCAUUUACUUGUUUGGCUCAUUGAAUGCUAUUGUUUUUGCCCACCUCGUUAAUUUUAUAAACUCAUGGAAAAUGCUCAGAUUUUCUUUUGUUUUUGUUCUUUGGAUAAAAUCAUUUACUCCUGUAAUCUAAAGUACAUUGCUGGUGUCUGCCUUUUCCCUUCAAAAGUUUGCCUGAGAAGUCUCCCCAUUCAAAUUAGAAAUAGAAAGAGAAGGAAUUUCUCUAAACUGCAUGCACCAUCCAUAUGCAGCUGGAGUACAAUGUAUGUUGAGCUGAUGAUUGGUUUGGCCUUUGUUAGGUUUGAAGCUCAAUGUUCAUCCAUCUUAUGAACCAACAUUGUCAUGAUAUAGUAGCAAUGUUUGAUGUCGAGAGAUCGGUUUCUUUGCUGGAAGACAAUAUCUUGCAGCUCGAGAAUGACAUUUUUGGAGAGUUCCUUAUACCUUCUGCCAAAGUGGUAAUACUAUCUCUGGAAUCCGUACCCAGAUCGAACCGAACAAAAGUUGUGUUUGGCCUCGAUCCAGAUGCAGAUGAUUCAGAAAUUCCAUCAAUGUCCGUAAGUUUGAUCAGAUCGAUCCUUGCAACUCUAGUUACGAAUCAGUCGUCCCUCCGAAUAACUAAAUCCUUGUUCGGGGAGGCCUUUUCGUUCGAAGUACUGAAAUUCCCCGGAGGAAUAACUAUAAUCCCGCCGCAGAGUGCAUUUCUUUUGCAGAAAGUGCAAAUUCUUUUCAACUUUACCUUGAACUUCUCUAUUCAUCAGAUUCAAGUACAUUUCAGUGAACUCACCAGCCAACUGGAGGCAGGAUUACGACUAGCUCCAUAUGAGAUUUUGUACAUUAAACUGUGGAAUGCGGAAGGUUCAACCGUGACUGCCCUGACGAUUGUUCAGACAUCUGUUCUUCUAGAAGUUGGAAAUACUCCAUCAAUGCGGAGGCUGAAGCAGCUAGCUCAGACGAUCUCGGGUUCUAAUUCUAGCAACCUCGGCCUGAAUAAUACUGAGUUUGGAAAAGUGAAGCAAGUUCGCCUUUCGUCAAUUCUUAAACACUCCCUCAAUGGCAGUGAUGGGAAUGGCCCCGUGAGAUCACCUUCUCCUGCUCCUACACCCCAGCCCCAUAACUAUCCUCACCUCCCGCCUCACCACCAUCCCCAUCAUCACGCCCCUCUAACGCCUGCAAUCUCACCUGCCCCUGCAACCGAGAAGGGUGCGCCGGGGUAUGGUUCGCUUGCCCCCGAAAGAAGUGCAGCACCGCCUAAGAGAAGUUACAAAGCAAAGCCGCCUGGUUGCGAAUAUAGAUACAAGAGGAAGUCUGGUAGGAAAGAAGGAAAGCAAUCUCAUUUGUCCCCGCUCGCUGCACCCAAUAUAUCUCCCGUUCAUUCUGCUGCAUCGCCAUCGCCACAACAUCAAGUAAAACCACCAGCACCACCAGUCUCUCCAACUCCGACAUCAGCUCCAUUGCCAAACGUCAUCUAUUCUCACGUUCAACCACCAUCAAAAAGCAACUCAAACCCUGAAAAACCCACGACGGAUCCAUCCCUCACGCCAUCUCCAUCUCCAUCUCCAUCUGCUGCUGAUCGCCGUGCGAUCACUCAAUGGGAAUUCACACUGUUUCUUCUAAUUCUCGCCCUCCAAAUGUAGCAUUAGAAAGAAGAAGACUACCCGUUUUCUGAUGAACACGCAUCGGCUCCAACGUCGUAGCCUGCUCGGGUUCGUAUAAAAAUGAAGUGCAGGAGUUUGUUUAAGGAGGAAAGCAAAGCAAAAAGAGGCAUUGCUUGUUGUAAGAUGGGUUUUCUAAGUGUGUAAAUAUCAUCAAUCUGAUUAAGAAACUUUGUUGCAGAUGCAGUUUCAGGUCAAAGUCCACAGAGGUGGCAGGCCUUCAGAAACUUGCAUAUUUUCCCACUGUUUUGUGUAUUAUCAUCCUCUUCUCCAUAAAAUGUAAGGAGAUGGAGGAAAAGAAAAUUA